AGAAAUGCUACUAACGGGGUGUCAAACUUCACGACUAUUUUAAUUCUACGCUAAUUUCUAUAUGUAGGAGAAGACUAACCUAUAGAAAACUCGAUUGUGUGAACUUAAUGACUUUUCAACAUUCAACUGCAAACUAGUUUCUCUAUGUAGAAGAGUAACUUAUAGAAAAUUGGAUUUUAUGGAUCUACAUGACGGUUUCAACCCCAAAUUACGGAGAAUGCUACUUUCGGUGUAGAAUAGGAGCCGAAAGGCCUCGUCUCUAGAACCCCGGCUUGCGAGGCGUUGCUCUUGCAGUAGGAUUCCUAUCGAUAUGCUGAAUUCUGAUGUAUAGACCAAUAGUUUGAUAUAUUAAAUUAUGCAUGUACAAAACGCAUGUUACUUGUUGUCUUAACCUGCUGCAGUGUUGUAGCUGUGUAUGUUGUACCAAGUCAAGCUCAGGAAUUGUACGCUGAACAGCAUUAAUGCUCCUUGUUUGUGAUUUAAGCCGUUUAGUCCUACUGGUGGCACCUAAUAUUUGUUCCUGGCAAGAUACAUCUUGUGCUGGAAUAUUGCAAAGGUGGCGAUCUUUCAAUGUAUAUCCAACGCCAUGGAAGAGUACCCGAAGCAACUGCAAAGCACUUUAUGCAGCAGCUAGCUGCUGGACUGCAAAUUCUUCGUGACAAUAAUCUUAUUCACAGGGAUCUAAAGCCGCAGAAUCUCCUGCUUUCUACUAAUGAUGAUAAUGCAGUUCUAAAGAUUGCCGAUUUCGGAUUUGCCAGAUCUUUGCAACCUCGAGGCCUUGCGGAGACCUUAUGUGGUUCGCCACUUUACAUGGCUCCAGAGAUUAUGCAACUUCAGAAAUAUGAUGCAAAGGCAGAUCUCUGGAGUGUUGGUGCGAUUUUAUUUCAGCUUGUAACUGGAAAAACCCCAUUCACCGGAAACAAUCAAAUACAGUUGCUCCAGAACAUCGUGAAAUCAACUGAAUUGAAUUUCCCUACAGAUAGCAAUGAUUUAAGUUCUGAAUGCAAAGACUUGUGCCAAAAAUUGUUGCGUCGUAAUCCUGUGGAGCGCUUGACAUUUGAAGAGUUCUUUAACCACCAGUUUUUAUCUCAAAAGCAACCAGAUGACUUGUUGAGGAGGCCAACGAGAAUAGUGGAAGGAUUUGCUUUGUCUGGAUGCAGCCCUGCAAGGAAAACAGAUGACAAUUCUCAAGAGGAUAUUCUGCCGUUCUUUUUAGAUGAUGAGUCCAGUGGUCCAGAGGGGAGCCCAUCUUAUUUAAGGAGGUCCUCAAUGAAGUCUACAUAUGGAUUUUCUCUUGAUGCAAAAGUUGAUAGGCAUGAAGCAAUCCCUACCACGUCUGCGAGAUAUAAAGAAAGUUUUAGUCUUAGAUCAGACAUGCAUAAAUUAUCAGAUAGAAGCAUAAAUGAUCCUCUAAAGCCCACGGUCCAAAAACCAGUGAAUUCUCGCUCAAGAGUUGUGGACUCCCUGGAAUUGAUUGAUCAAGAUUAUGUACUUGUCUCCGGACCACCUAUUGAUGUGUCAACUUCCUCAGCUAGUGUUUCCAAGCCAAGCCAUUUUCCAUACAGAUCAGAGAGCCCAUCCAAAGUAUCUCUAGCUACUAUUUCAACAGCCCCCUUGCCAAUCAUUGGUGCAGCAAACAGUAAUAUUUGUUGCAUGGGAAGCCCAGAAAGUCAGAGCUCUGGUCCAGGGACUUCACAAGGAUCAACGGAUGUAGGAGAUGCUUUGGAACAGCCAUCAACGAACUGCAUGACACGGCUCAAGUCUCUGCAGAAGUGUGCGUCUGCUAUUACAGAACUAGUGAAUGAAAAGAUUGAGGCUGGUAAGCAACUUGAAGCAUUCUCAAUUCAACUUGUGAUUCUAGCAAUUUGGAAGCAAGCAUUGCAUAUAUGCCACACGCAGGCUGCUUCAGCUAUGGAAGGAAGUCCAAGCCAAGAGACUACGAGAUUUAGGAGUGCCAGCAAGAAGCACGGUAGUCCUGAGGUGGGGGAAUGCCUUAAUGUUGUUAGCGCUCAAGUGCCCGAGGAUGUUUCCUCUCAGAUUGAGAGGGAAUUUCUCAGGGAGGUUGAGCAUGCUGAAGAACUUGCAAAGAUUGUUGAGCCUGGAAAUAUAGAGAUGCCAGAUGCAAUGGAGACAAUAUUUCAAUCUGCACUUGCGUUUGGCAAGAAUGCUGGCGUUGAUGAGUUAAUGGGUGACAUGGAACGUGCAACGACAUUUUAUUCGAAAGGUGUUCGGUUGUUAGUCUUCCUUCUGGUGGAAGCACCAUCCCUUAUUCUGAAUCCUCCGUUCUCUUUGACAAGUUCAGACCGGUAUAGGCUCCGAACUUACAUCGACAUACUUAAGAAGAGGCAAGGUUAUUCAAGGUCCCAACGGAUGGCUAUUUUGAAAUAUUCUUUGUGUGACUGGAGAAGAUGUGAUUCGUGAGAAGUUAGUGGCAAAACUUUUGUAUUUGUUAGGGUGAUGUACAACUUACAGUUACUAUGAUUUAAAGAAUGACAAAAUGUGCAUUCGUUCUUUACUGUUGAACUAUGUACGCCUCCAAACUGAUGAUUUGAGGCCGAAAACAAACAAAAAAAAAGCGCGUAUACAUUGUU